AUAUGACGUCAUUAAAGUUUACAUGUGCGGCAUGACAGAAAAUGGCUGCAGGAGGAGAGCAACAGCAGCAGACACACAGACCUGGAGUUUAUAAACAGAAAAACAAGCAGCACAAGCAUGGAAAACAUCGAACUAAAGGCGAGAUCGGCCGGGAGAACAAGGGUAGAGUUGCUAUUGUGGCCCUCACCAAGAAACAGAGGAGAGAGAUGAGGAAAAAGGACCGCAGGAACACGGCUAACCAGCUGCGUCGCAACAAAAAAGACUUGGUGCUGACGGAGAAGCGUAAACUGGGCAGCCGAGAUGGACCUCCUCAUCUGGUGGCAGUCAUAGCACUUCAUUCAAGAGUGGAUGCUGGAGCUGUCACAAAGAUGUUGAGAGGGGAAGGAGUUGGUGGAGUGGUGCGUGAAGAUCAAGGAGUCACUGGGGCCAAGGACAGCUUUGGUCUUGUUCUUCCUCGCUUUAAGCAGAGAUUCACUUUCUACAGGCCAGACACGGAUGACUUGCAUUCACUCCUGGAUGUGGCAAAGAUUGCAGACAGUUUGGUGUUUGUGCUGGAUUCAAAUGAAGGUUGGGAUAGCUAUGGAGAAUACUGCCUGUCCUGUCUCUUUGCCCAGGGAUUACCAAGUCAUGCACUGGUAUGUCAGGGAGUGGCUGAUCUAGCAGUGAAGAAGCGCACUGAGUCCCGACGAGCUCUCUCUCGUUUGGUAGAGUCUCGUUUCCCAGAAGCACGUCUCUUCCCUGUGGACUGUGAUCAGGAUGCCGUUUUGCUUCUACGGCACUUGUCAGCGCAAAAACAGAGGCGUCUGGGGUUCCGCUCUCGCCGCUCACACCUGCUGGCGCAGAGAGCCACAUAUGUCCCCAAUAACAGCCAGAGCGGGACAGGGUUGGGGACUCUCUGUGUGUCAGGAUAUAUUCGAGGCUGUCCUCUGCAAGUCAACCGGCUGGUGCACAUCACAGGUCAUGGAGACUUUCAGCUCAGCCAGAUCGAUGCUCCAGCAGACCCUCUGCCAAUAGUUCUGUCAACAUCUCGACCAGCAAAACCAGGACGAGAUGUGGAGAUGAUGGACGGUGGAGAUGGAGAGGUGAAUGGGGAUGUUCGGGUGUUGAUGAAAGCAGACCCUGCUCAGAGAGAGAGCCUACAGGCAGAGGCAGAAGUCGACCCCAUGGAGGGAGAGCAGACGUGGCCCACAGAAGCAGAGCUGGAGGAGGCUGAAGAGGCCAGUAAGAAGAGGAGAGUGAUGAAGGUACCGAAGGGGACAUCCGACUAUCAGGCCACAUGGAUUAUUGAUGAAAAUGCUGAGGAGGAAGGGGAUGGUGGUGAUGAUGGGGAUGAUGAUGAUGACAGCUGUGAUGAUGAUGAUGAUGAUGAUGAUGAGAUGAUGGACGAUGAAAUGGAUGGAGAUAAUGAAUCUCAGGAUGCCGGCUCUGAAUGUGCUUCUGAAGGAGAUGAUGACGAUGAGGAAGAAGAAGAAGAGGAGAUCAGUUCCACCGGACGCACUGGAGCCGAUCAGAAGUAUGACGAAGGCAUGAACGAAAGCGAGGAGGGAGAAGGGUUGAGGAGAUACAGAGAGGCACGUGCCAAUGAGAUGUUCCCUGAUGAAGUUGACACUCCCCUUGAUGUCCCAUCCAGGACACGGUUUCAGAGGUACAGAGGUCUGAAGAGUUUUCGCUCCUCUCCAUGGGACCCGCUAGAGAAUCUGCCUUCAAACUACUCGCGCAUUUUCCAGUUCCAAAACUUUGAACGCAUGCGGCGCCGAAUACUAGCAGAUGCUGCUAAUGAGGAAGACGGAGCAAUGGUGGGCUGGUAUGUGACACUUCAUAUAGUUGACGUUCCUCCCUCAGUUAUGGAGAGUUUUCAGACUGGUAAACCAUUAGUUCUGGUGUCCCUGCUGCCACAUGAACAGAAGAUGUCAGUUAUGAAUGUGUUGGUGCGGCAGCAUCCCAGUAACACCGAACCCAUCAAGUCUAAAGAAGAGCUGGUGUUUCAGUGUGGAUUCAGACGCUUCAGAGCUUCAGCCAUCUUCUCUCAGCACACUACUGGUGAUAAACACAAGCUGGAGCGGUUUCUUCGCCCUGAUGCCCCUACAAUCAUGUCUUUCUAUGCCCCUAUUACCUUCCCCACCGCUGGAGUCUUGGUCUUCAAACAAAGAGACAAUGGUAUGCAGGAUCUGGUGGCCACCGGUAGUCUUCUGAGCUGUGAUCCUCGGCGUGUGGUGUUGAAGAGGAUUGUGUUGAGUGGACACCCUUUCAAAAUCAAUCGGCGCUCAGCUGUGGUUCGCUACAUGUUCUUCAACAGAGAUGAUAUUCUGUGGUUUAAGCCAGUAGAACUACGUACAAAGUGGGGCCGACGAGGACACAUCAAGGAAGCUUUGGGCACUCAUGGCCACAUGAAGUGUGUGUUCGACAGCCAGCUGCGCUCUCAGGACACUGUGCUGAUGAACCUCUAUAAGAGGGUUUAUCCUCACUGGACGUACGACCCCUACGUUCCUGUCCCUCUGCCCUGGGUCAAGAGAGAAGAGCCGCCAGCGCUGGCUGACAUAGACAUGGAGUAAAGGCAGGAAGUCAUGAACUGAAUGCAAUAGAAACACAACAUGACACCAACUGCUUGUGUCACAGGAUAUACACACAUUAAUUCUCAAUCUCUAUACCAUUAAAUGUCUACGUUUAAUUCCUCUGCUUGUUUAAA